AAAAACACAUGGCUUGCUUUAACUCCUCACCUCUACACAAGAAGAGGAGCAGCUUGACCCCAAAGGAGACACCAUGAGGAACACACUUGUGAAAAUGCUGGCUGCACUCAUGUGCACGCUGGCUGCGUUCGCUGACGUUGUGCCUGUUCAGGAUUUCGAUCUACAGAGGAUGACAGGGAAGUGGUACCUGGUUGGCAUUGCCAGCAACGCCCCUUGGUUUGUCAGCAAUAAGGCCACCAUGAAGUUGGGCACCGCCGUGAUUGCGGCGACCGACGGAGGAGACAUGGACCUCACCUAUUCCCACAUUAAGGAUGAUGGUACUUGCUGGAGGAUGACACAUUUGGCCCAAAAAACAGAUACCCCUGGACGCUUCACCUUCCACAGCCAAGUUUGGAACAACGACAACGAUAUGGCCAUCGUGGAUGUCCUGUAUGACAACUUUGCUCUUAUACACAACGUGAAGACGAAAGACGGUGUAUCUGAGGUUGUCGUCAAGCUUUACAGUCGUUCGCCUGACACGAGUGCGGACCUCCAGCAGAAGUUCACAAACUUCUCUUCAAGGACUGGAGUCCAGGCAGAAAAUAUUGUUAUCCUCCCCAAGGCUGAUGAGUGUCCUGAGGCCUAAACAAUCCUCCAUCUUGCUCUCCGACAGCUUCCACCUCUGCUCCACUUGACACAAUAAGACCACUUCAUUCAAAAAUGCUAUAUAACCCUGGCAAAAUCGGAAUGUCUUGUUUAGUAACUGCUGAUUUUUAACCAUUAAAAACAAAAAUACUGUG